CUCAUUCUCUUCAUGGUAUUCAUGGUGCAGUUUUCAGUAUCAUGUGCCUGCUUGGCGAUUAAUAAAGAACAGCAGAACCUGCUCCUGGAGAUAGGAUGGAAUAAGUCUGAAUCAAUGCAGGAGGAUUUGGAAAGAUCGCUGGAUUGCUGUGACUUCCUUGAAGUUAACUACAAUGAGAGCUGUGUCGCUACCUGUUUCAAGAAUCAAACAUGUAGACCAUGUUCAGUUAUAAUCCAGGCCUAUGCUGACGACGCUUUACAGUUUGUUGGAGGAGUCAGUCUGUUUUUCAGUUUUACAGAGAUUCUGGGUGUCUGGUUAGCACAUAGAUACAGGAAUCAGAAAGAUCACCGGCAAAAUCCUGGAGCUUUCAUUUAAAGCACACACAUAUACAAGACUUUCAGCUAUACUGAAUUUUUGUUCUUGAAUGGACUUUUUUUUUGUAUGAUCUGUAGUUCCUUUUGAUAACACUCCAAUUUCUUGAUUUUUUGGGGAUAAAAUAAACAUUCUAAAAUAUGUAUUUGUGGAACAGCCAUUAUGAGUUGCAUCUUGGUGGAGUUCACAAAUAUUUAUUGUCACCGAUUAUGCAAGUAGGUUGACUAGGCUUGAACUUUGUUCCCAAUUGAACAACUCUUACAAUGAUGAGUUGCUAAAUAAUCUU